AUGACAUAUCUAUCCUGGCUCCUCGGCCACUCCACCACAACCUACACAUCCCACCCAACCCCCCACCCACUCCUCACCAAAACCGGUCAAAAAACCUCCCUCCCCUCCCUCGCCCAAGCCUCCAUCCCACCAUGCCGUCUAAACCCGCUCCUCUUCAACGGCCACCUUCAAACCAUGUACACCGCGCGCCCAGACCCCGGUCCGCCAAUCUACUACAAGCGACAAAUCUACCACUCCGACCACAGAGUGUACCCGGGAACCUUUGCCGUAGAUUUCGUAGUUUCGAAAGAAGAUGGUGAAGCCGCCGCCGCCCAAGAAGGGAAAGGUGAUGAUAACGAUGCCGAUGAACUACCAGAGCGAACCACAAACUUUUCGAACGAAGAAUGGGAUGCCAUCGCCUCCACCGACACCAAACCAAUGAUAAUAGCCCUCCAUGGUCUAACAGGCGGCUCGCACGAAGUCUACCUCCGCGAGACGCUCGCCCCCCUCACCGCCGCGGGAUGGACCGCGUGCGUCGUAAACGGCCGGGGGUGCGCUCUCAGCAAAAUCUCCACCCCGCAACUCUUCAACAGCCGCGCGACGUGGGAUAUCCGGCAGACCAUAAAGCACCUGCGUACUCUCUUCCCCAACCGCCCCCUCUACGGCGUAGGUUUCAGUCUCGGCGCCAACAUAUUGACCAACUACUGCGGCGAGGAAGGUUCGCGUUGCGUACUGCGCGCCGCGGUGGCGUGUUCGAAUCCGUGGAAUCUGGAGGUUUGUAAUGUAGAAUUACAACGCACGUGGCUGGGUCUGCACGUCUACAGCCGCACCAUGGGACGCAAUCUAAUGGGCUUGUUUCAUCGCCACCGAGCGCAAAUCACGCAGAUCUCUGACAUCGAUGUUGACGCGCUGUUGAAGAGUAAAUACCUGCAUGAAUUCGAUAGACAUGUCCAGUGUCCCACGUGGGGGUACCCGACGGAGGGGGCGUAUUACAGGGACUCGCAAUCUGUAGACGCUGUGCUGUCUAUUCGUAUUCCUUUUUUGGGGAUUAAUGCAGAGGACGACCCGAUUAGUAGUAAAGCUGGUCUGCCGACGGAGGAGGUGAAGCGGAAUCCGUAUACGCUGUUGUGUACGACGGAUUGGGGGGGUCAUCUGGGGUCGUUUAUGUGGGGUGGGGGGCGGUGGUUUGCUUGUGCUACGGCGGCGGUUUUGAGGAAGGUGGAUGAGGAGGUUGAUUUUGAGAAGAGUGGGGAGAUGCAAGGGGAGGAGGUGGAUAUGGGGGGGUUGGAGGGGAAGAAGUGGCCGGUUUUUGAUCCGAAUCAUCGGCGGUUGAUAUUGCCUGAUGAGUAG